GCAUCUGCACUACUGGCCAGCUUCAAAACAGCUCCCGAACGUGUGCGUGUGAUUAAAGCACUAGAACGGGUCAGCAUGUACGUGAAUAAAGAAUUGGCCAGUGGUGGACAUCAACUGUAUGCACCAUUUGGUGGUUUGUAUGGACAAAGCUUCCCAGGAAGGGAGGCACUCUACGGCCCCAUCAACGAACAGCUUGCCGUGAAGACCCAUGCAGUGAAACCGUCCGUGCCAGUGACCGCUUGUGUCAAACAACCACCGUCCAUGUUUACUGCCGCUCCAUCCUACGCUUACAACGGUGAUCAAGACAAAUCGUGGUACUUGGGGGGUGGCAAACCGCCACUACCACCUCCUGUUGCAGACUCUGUACUCACAGGACCACCAGUCACGUUGGGUGAAAAGCGUAUGGAUUUUGCUGCCAGUCAACCGAGUUAUCCGAUCAAAGAUCCAUGUCUCAGUAUUAAUCAAAGUGCACCGGACCCUGUUGGAUUCCGGGCGAUUCACGAACUAAAACUUACAGACUGUUGCUAA